AUGAGCUCCCCCUCCCAUACCCCUAUUCCAUCCCCCACCCAGUCCCCCUCCCAGUCCCGCUCCAACCACGCUGCCACCCCUCUCAGCCAGCAGCCCCAAGCCAGCUCUGGGGCCUUAGCACCUUCCCCAUCCCCUCCACGGGGGACUAAUUCCUCCCGGCCCCCCUCGCAGCCCUCUUCCCGGACCUCCUCACUGAGCCCCAGUCCUCACAUCCAGCAUGUGUCCCGAGGCCCUAACCCCACCAGCACCCCGCCUGCCUCCAAGUCUCCCUCCCAAUCUGGUUUAAAAGCUUUCUCUCAAAAUCUGCCCCUGAACCCCAGGUCUCCUUCCUACAGCCCUGCCGGUUCCGCCUCCUACAUUGGGCCCAUUCGGAACAUCCCAUCCUAUAUCACCCCCUAUGUGCCCCGCUUCCUGAAAGAGCCCCCCUUUUUCCAGCCCCCUACAGCUCCACUUCCCCAAAACCAGUGCUUUCCUUGUGACUUCCCCUGCCCUGCCCCAAAGCCCCAGAAGCCCCCUGACUCCCUCUACUUCCCCCUCCUCCCGCCACCCCCCUACUACCCCUCUGAAAACUGCUCCUACCCCACACCCCCUGCCCUGUUCACACCGCCAUCCUCCCUCUCCUACUCCCUACCCACUGAAGUCCUGCUGAAGGGGAAGCCACACGUGGUGCCCUCAGUGCUACCAGCCACCUUCUACACCCCCUUCUCCCGAUACUACUCCCAGCCCCGGGCCUACCGCUCCCUCUACCGGCACCCCAGAGCCUUCCCGCUCCCCUCUAGUUACCACUUGCAAUAUGAUGGUCCUGGGCGCUCUGUGCACUUCUAACAUGGGUUCUAGGCCUCAGA